AGACUUCACGACUCGGCGACCAGAAGCCAAAGACAAAACUAUGGGGAAUGGAAAGUUUGUAGAAUAGAGGAAAAAAGGGGCGCAUCAAAUCAACGUUUUCUCCUUCUCUCUGCCUUCGUUUUUUCCUUUCUCCCUUUCCUCCCUCCUUCCACGCCAUGCCCAGUUCUCCUUCUGCCUAGAGAGAAGGGAGACGAAGAGAAACCUCGUAGAGAGAGAAGUGAGAAGAUAUAGUUUGAGAGAGAGGGGGGGAGAGAGAAACAAGAAUAGGUGAUGGGGAAUUGCUUCGGUUCUCAGGUGGCGUCUCUAUGUCCUGCAACCAGACCAUCCAGUCCAGGGCGGACAUCAAAGGCCAGCAGCAGCACCACCACAACUGGGAAGCUGUCAAACAUCAGCAGUAGCACCUUUUGGCAGUCUUCUGGCAGUAGUGUAAGCGUUGGUGAGGCUUCUCCAGAGGGUCGGAUCCUGGAGGCACCAAACCUUCGAAUCUUUACUUUUGCUGAAUUGAAGAGCACCACGAGGAAUUUUAAGCCCGAGACAGUUCUAGGGGAAGGAGGAUUUGGGAGAGUAUAUAAGGGAUGGGUGGAUGAGAAGACUCUGAACCCAGCAAAGAGUGGGAUGGGAAUGAUGGUUGCUGUAAAGAAACUGAACCCUGAGAGCAUGCAAGGGUUGGAGGAGUGGCAGUCUGAAGUAAAUUUCCUGGGGAGGUUAUCACAUCCCAAUCUUGUCAAGCUCUUGGGCUAUUGCUGGGAGGACAAGGAGCUCCUUCUUGUGUAUGAAUUCAUGGCAAGGGGCAGCCUAGAGAAUCACCUCUUUCGAAGAGGAGCAGCUUUUGAGCCACUCUCUUGGAGCCUAAGGCUGAAGAUUGCCAUAGGUGCCGCUCGUGGCCUUGCAUUCCUACAUACAUCAGAAAGAAAGGUCAUUUAUCGAGACUUCAAGGCUUCCAAUAUCCUCCUCGACUCGAACUACAAUCCCAAGCUUUCGGACUUCGGAUUGGCAAAACUUGGGCCAACUGGUGGAGAGUCGCAUGUCACCACACGAGUCAUGGGAACCUAUGGAUAUGCUGCUCCAGAGUAUGUUGCCACUGGCCAUCUUUAUGUGAAGAGUGAUGUUUAUGGAUUUGGAGUUGUCUUACUGGAGAUGCUGUCUGGUCAGCGAGCACUUGAUACCAAUCGUCCGAGUGAGCAACAUAAUUUAAUCGAUUGGGGUAAACCUUACUUAGCUGAUCGUAGAAAGCUGGCGCGGUUGAUGGAUCCACGGCUUGAGGGACGGUACCCCUCCAAAGGAGCUUUUCGGGCUGCUCAGCUUACACUGAAGUGUCUUGCUGGUGAACCUAAAAACCGGCCAUCUAUGAAGGAAGUGUUGGAAACGUUGGAGCAGAUCGAGGCCACAAAAGGCAGGUCAAGGGAGUCUAAGUCUAAAGAUGACUCCCACCAGCCCACUGCUCCCAACGGCCAAAUACCAGCAAAGCCCCGAUCCCCACUUAAGUCGAGAUAUGGUGUUGGGUCUGGCAUGCGGGCCAACCACCCCCCUCAUAGAGUAAGUUGACAGUCAUGCUUUGAUCUGAUUAAUUGUGCAUGUAGACCAACACCAUUUUUGUUUAUUGUAAACCUAAUGAUUGUAGAUUUUUUCUAGGGUUUGAGGAUGUUGUGACGAUUUUGUAUCGACAAACUGAAAGUGUUCUGAUCCAUGAAAUCAGAAUAUUAUCUUUUAUAUUGUAACAACAUAUUUUAUAAGAUUAAUAUAUAGAAAAAUUAAAGAGGAGCGACUCCUAUUUCCAUAAAAUA